AUGGCACUCGAAGUUCGUGUCGGGCGACUAUUCCAUCGAAGAUGCAGGCCUUUCGGGACGCUCCAAGGAGUUGGAUCUGGACUUGCUCGAAGACAGAUGGAAGCCGAUCCGUAUCAAACCACUUGCGAACUGACAGUCGCUCUUGGGGUGAAUCAAACCACAGUUGUUCGCGGAGUGAAGUCAAUCGAAAAGGUGCUGAAACUAAGUCGAUGGGUACCACAUGCUCUGACGCAGUAUGGCAUGGGCCGCCGCGCUACAUGGCACUUUCACUCCUGA